AUGUCUGGUCCUUCUUCACUGUUGAUAGAGGGUUACCUGCGGGACGCGGGUUUUUGGCACGUGGUCACGAUAGGCCGGGGGUGCAAGUUCGACCCGAAACUAAUCAGUGCGUUGAUAGAGAGGUGGAGACCCGAGACGUACACUUUCUAUCUUCCAUGCGGAGAGUGUACUAUCACUUUAGAAGACGUGGAGUUGCAAUUGGGAUUGCCGGUGGAUAGGUACACGGUCACUGGGUCUGCUUAUUCUACUGAUUGGGGCGCUAUAUGUUACGAGCUUUUGGGUGCUAUUUCGGACAAUAUUAACGGAGGUCGGAUCGAGAUGGGCUGGUUACGAGACACAUUUCCGGAGCCGGAUAAUGAUUCGACUGAACUAGAAAGAAUACGAUAUGCUCGGGCAUACAUUCUUGAGAUGAUCGGAGGUUAUCUAAUGCCGGACUUGUCACGAAACCGCGUACAUCUGAGAUGA